CUGCCCCGCACUCAGCCGUCUUGAUUCCCGCCUGGUCGCGGCAUCAGCACCAGUGAGGAUAGUGCACAGUGGAGGGAUGGUGAAGACAUGAGCACAUCCAACAGAUUUCGAUGGAGUCCUCUUUCAACGGCGUAGAGCUCCAGGAGCUGCGGGGGGGAGGAGGUGGUGGAGGGGGGCAGAGCGUGUCUCCAGCGCCGGCCGCAGUAAGGGGGGGCUUCAGGGGCUUCGAGAACGCCUCCUACCUGCAGGACGAUGAGAAUGAGGACCGCCAACAGAGGGCGACUGUCCUGGCAGGUCCGCCCUCAACUUCAGGCAACAGCAAGGUGGAGCAGCAGCAUCAGGGGCUCUCCCCGCGGUCGUACGAUGACGAGGAAGGAGCUGGAGGUCAGGAAGACGGCCAGGACUUCACCGAGUUCCACCCCCCCGACGACAACACCGCGGACUACGGCUUCAUCUUCGCCCUGGUGUUCCUGGUGAGCGGCAUCGUGCUGGUGGUUAUCGCCUACACCAUCCCCCGAGAGGCCAAGGUCGACCCGGACUCCGUGUCUGCCCGCCAGAUGGAGAAGCUGGAGAUGUACUACGCCCAGCUGGGCUCCCACCUGGACAAGUGCAUCAUCGCGGGCCUGGGCCUGCUGACUGGGGGGAUGUUCCUCUCCGUGCUGCUCAUGGUGUCCAUCUGCCGGGGCGAGAUGUACCGACGCAGGGCGGCGUUUAUUCGCCCCAAGAGGACUUACGGCUCCAUCAACCUGAGAAUGAAGCAGCUGGCCACUGGGGAGGCAGUAGGAGGCGGCGAGGGCGUGGACGUGGACGGAGGUGAGGAGUUUUUGGUGGAACACGCAGAGACGCGGAGUAACACCCAGCCAGGUCCGAGCCGGGACGCCAAAUCAGAACCAGGACCAAGCAAUCCUCCUCCUGCUGCUUCAUCCUCUUCUUCUUCACAUGGAGCCAAUUAGCUUCAUUUCCACUGUGCAACCUGCCUUCCUCUGAGUCAGUUGCAACACAGGGAUGCAAAAUGGUGCAGCUCCCCCCAUUUGUGCAGACAGGGGAAUCCCAUGUUAAGCACAAGGCUCUCUGCAGGAGCGACCCAGCUUUAACCCAGCGUUUUGGGAUGAACAAGGGUCUGGGAUAUUUAUUCUAACCAAUCAUAAAGGAUGUUUUAUCUAACAAAAGAGGGCUCGACCCGGUGAGAGAAAGAGGUAAGCCUAUAUGUUAGUGUGGAACAGAGCACAUUUGGAGGUGAAUGGCUGUAUAUGAAAAAAGCUCCAAUAUAAAUCCGAAUAUAUUAAUCAGAGUUUUACAGUAAAAGCACAUGUGUCGAUUGGUUGCAACUGCAGAAACAAAGAUUGUAUAAAGCUCAGUAUUGAUCCUCAUCCAUCAGGCAACCUAAAUACGAUCAACAUUUAAACCUAGCCUUGUUUUAAACCUCAAUAACAAUGAAUAAUAUCAGA